AGGAAACGCAUCAUCAUCCUCUUGCUCGUCUGCCAGCCGCCUAGCCCAGCUGCCCCAAGUUCGGGCGUCGCCGGCUCUCGUCAUCCGCACCGAUGCGAUGUGACGCGGGUGAGAUGGCUGGCUGGCUGGCUGGCUGCCGCCAAACCCGUUGGCUGCUCUCAGCGAAACCCGUUCCAUCGACAGUCCUUGCAGUCUUCGAACGGCGGCGGCGGCACCCGAAAGGAGCGUUUUAGUACGCAAAACCAAACAUGGGAGGCCCAUGCAGGCAGCGGCGGCGGCGGCGGGGCCGCGGGCGCGGUGGCCUAAAAACGCAGCCCAGAGCUCGGUGAAGCGGGCGCCCGCGGAGCGAUCAUUGCCCAUCCAUACCUUUUGCCUCGCCUCGCCUCGCCUCGCCUCGCAUUGCCUUGCCUGACAGAGUACAGUACAGUACAUACAGUACAGUAUAGGCUGUAUUAGUACCUAGCGGUGAAUACCAGGCCCGGCAGCAACAGAGGUACUACCUAGUACUAAGCCAACUUUGGUGGUAUUACACAUAUACCUGUCUGAGCUUUCUUUCCCUCCUCCUCUGGGAGAACAAAAAGCACCGCACGCCCUGAUCGGCCUUGUCUCCCCUCCAGGCCGACUGCGCGCUGCAUCUUUUGUCAUCUUGUUUUGCUCCUUCUCACGCGGUCUUUCCUCCGGUGCCUGCGACUCCUCCACGAAUCUGGUUUUCCUGCGCUGCUGCUGCCGCUGCUGCCGCUUUCUUCGACAUCCACGCUCACCGUUCCUCGACCUCUAUCCCGCGGCGGCGCAUCGAAGGGAUACCAACCAAGAAAAAAACCUCUCCCUCCACGCCCCUCACCUCAUCAACAAAUACCUCCCCCCCACGCCUCCAAGCGUCGAAGCAACGAGCAACCCUAAGGUCACCAUGUUCGGCGGUCGCAAGUUCUCGGUGAACCGCCACACUGGCGUGCCGAAGCCGCUGAUGCGUCGUUUCAGCGGCGUCGAGCCAUCGGCCAACGAGAUCCAAUCCAAGAUCCAUCGCCAGUUUCGAAACGCCCACGAGGGCCAUCUGCCGCACGCCGGCCUCGACGCGAGCCGAUCCUCGACGGGCGUCGUCUGGUGCACCGAGCGCGCCUCAGAGUAUGGCUUCCUCGAGGAGCCCGAUGCCUGGGCCAACCUGGGCCAAGGCGCUCCCGAGGUCGAGGACGACAUCUCGGGGUGCUUCAAGCGGCCCUCGACCAUUGACAUCUCCGUCGCCGCCCGCGAGUACGGCCCCACGGCCGGCAUCCGGCCCCUGAGGGAGGCCGUUGCCAAGCUAUACAACGAGUCGCACCGCAAAGGCAAGGACAGCCUGUACACGUGGGAGAACGUGGCCAUUGUCCCUGGUGGCCGAGCGGGCCUGAUCCGCAUCGCCGCCGUCCUGGGCAACUCAUAUCUGAGUUUCUUCCUGCCCGACUACACGGCGUACAACGAGAUGCUGAGUCUCUUCAAGAACUUUGCGGCCAUCCCGGUGCCCCUGAAUGAGGAGGACGGCUACCACAUCCACCCCGACAAGAUCGCCGAGGAAAUCGCCCGCGGCACCUCGGUCAUCCUGACCUCGAACCCGAGAAACCCUACCGGCAGGGUCGUCGCGAACCCCGAACUCGCCGAGAUCCAGGACAUUUGCCGCGGCCGCGCCACCUUCAUCAGCGACGAGUUCUACUCUGGCUACAACUACACGAGCAAUUGCGACGGCACCACCAUCUCCGCGGCCGAGAACGUCGAGGAUGUGGACGAGGACGACGUGCUCAUCAUUGAUGGGCUCACCAAGCGCUUCAGGCUGCCGGGCUGGAGAAUUGCGUGGAUCCUGGGUCCCAAGGAGUACAUUAGCGCCAUCGGCUCGUGCGGAAGCUACCUCGAUGGCGGUGCAUGCCAUGCCUUCCAAGAGGCGGCCAUUCCGAUGCUGGAUCCCACGCUCGUGCAGAACGAGAUGGUGCACCUGCAGCGCCACUUCCGCGUAAGUCGUCAACGCGCACAUGCCACGCGCUCAUGGCCCUUACUGACAGACGGGCUCUGUAGGACAAGCGUGACUUUGUCGUCCGACGCCUGCGCGAGAUGGGCUUCGUCAUCAAAUACGUGCCCGACUCGACGUUUUACCUGUGAGUGCCUGCUGCCAAGUGUGUGUGUGUGGGCGCGUCGUCCUGGGAGCUGACGCUCUGUUUGUAGCUGGCUCAACCUGGAGGGCCUGCCCGAUAGCAUCUCGGAUGGCCUCAACUUUUUCCAGGCGUGUCUGGAGGAAAAGGUGAUUGUGGUGCCUGGAAUCUUCUUCGACCUGAACCCGUCGCGUCGCCGUGACCUCUUUGACAGCCCCUGCCACCACUUUGUACGCUUUUCAUACGGGCCGAGAAUGGACGUGCUGCGUAUGGGCCUGGACGGCAUCGAACGUGUCGUGAACAAGCACAGAAAGUCGAAUUAGUUUAGGACGAGGGAGGCUGUGGUGAAAGUAUGUUUUGCCCAGAGGUUGUUUGAGCCACUUGUGCGCAGCAUUUGAGAGAGUUUGGGCUGGGGCGCUUAGAGGUUGCAUCGCAGAAAUAUGUGAUGGAGAUGGUUGAGUUAGUUUUGGCUCUCGUGAUGGGUCCAAGUCUGUCAUGUGUUGUCCCUGGGCCUCUUGUUUCGUACACCAAGGCUGUGCGUGAAGUGUAUUCGGUAACAUGGGCAAGG